CUGCGGGCGCGGCCCUGUCACGCUCGCGCGGGAGGCGGCGGCUGAGGUGGCGAUGGCGGACUUCGAUGCCUACGACGAUCGGGCCUACAGCAGCUUCGGCGGCGGCCGCGGGUCUCGCGGUGGUGCUGGCCCUGGCUCCCGUAAGAAAGAUCUGCCAACAGAACCCCCUUUCACUGCAUACGUGGGAAAUCUCCCCUUCAACACUGUUCAAGGAGAUAUUGAUGCAAUUUUUAAGGAUCUCAGUGUAAGGAGUGUACGACUAGUCAGAGACAAAGAAACAGACAAAUUUAAAGGAUUUUGUUAUGUAGAAUUCGAUGAGGUGGAAUCACUUAAGGAAGCUCUUACAUAUGAUGGUGCACUUUUGGGUGACCGAUCACUCCGAGUGGACGUAGCAGAGGGCAGAAAUAAGGACAAAGGUGGCUUUGGCUUCAGGAAAGGUGGCGGACCUGAAGAAAGAGGAAUGGGAGGAGGAGGUCCUCGAGAAUCGAGAGGAGGUGGAUGGGAUUCCAGGGAUGACUUCAGUGCUGGCUUCAGAGAUGAUGACUUCUUAGGAGGCCGGGGCAGAGGGACUCGUACUGGAGAUCGGCGAACAGGUCCUCCGCUGGCAGGGGGAGGGACUGGCCGCUUUAGAGAUGGACCUCCCCUCCGUGGGACUUCCAUGGACUUCAGAGAGCCAACAGAAGAGGAAAGAGCACAGAGGCCCCGACUUCAGCUCAAACCUCGAACAGUUGCUACCCCCCUCAAUCAAGUAGCCAAUCCUAACUCUGCUAUCUUUGGCGGAGCCAAGCCCCGAGAGGAAGGGGCAAAAGAGCAGCACGACUGAGCUUGGGGUUGAGAGGGAAUGGGAGUGGGGAGGGGUGGGGGGGGAGGGGGGGCGGGCAGGAAAAUAAGCAAGACAGCACAGAGUGACUCGCUCUGCUGGAACGUCAACCCUGCAGUUACCAUUCCUGCCAUCUGACAUUGUCCUCUUUGAAACCGAAAACACAGAGCUUGUGAACGCAUGUCAGCUGUUAACAAGUGGUUUUUAGUACGUUCUUGGCUUCGCUGUAUCUAGUGCCUGCUUUGUGCUGAGUUUUCCCUCUUCUGUUUCCUUCCAAGCAGCACAGUUUCCAGUAGAUCAUUUAGUAGCUGCUUCCACCUGUGUGAAGGUCCUGCUGGACAAAGGUGCUGCUUUCCUUCCUCUUCUGGGUUUGUUUUACUUUAGAAGCAUAGGUUAGACUUGGUUAAUAUCCUGUGCCAUUUCCUUUUGGCUUCCUCAAUGCUCCUUUUCUGUCCUGCAUGUUUUGUUCUGCAUUGCUGUGGCUCUAAAGAGGUAAACUGAAGAGCCCUGGCAAAUUGAACAGUUCAAGUAACUUGCACAGCCCUGACCCUGUAGAAUUAGGUGCUGCCUGUGACAGUGGCUAAUAGGAUUACCACAUACCACAAGAGCACUCAUUCUGAAAAUAAAAGUCCUUUUAGGCAGUUCACAGGGAAGAGACUGCUUCUCAGCAGAUAGAAGUAAAACGAUUUGCAGGCAGGCCUAAUUAGUUAAUGACAUUUAUAUGAAGAAAGCACUUGCUUCAGUAGGCAUACCUCGAGGGGAAAGAUGCAUCCCACUAUUAUGUAACUGGCUGUCUACAAGUAGUAUAAUGUUACACUCUUGAGCUUGAGGUUGGUGCUAUAAAGCUGUGCCUAUUCUAGCACAUAACUGCUGACUGGCUCUUUCUGCUUGUAAUUUGAGUUUCACAUGUUUGGUAAAUUUUUAAAGUAAGUUUCUACAAAUAAAGUUGACUUCUUUUUUUUUUUUUUUUUUUGUUUGUUUGUUUGUUUAAAGAGUGUAUAAUUUGCCAUGCCAUGUAUGUCUGUCUGCCACCAUCUUCUGUACAUCUUGACCCAGUCGUGUACAGCUGACAGUAAUUUUGCUUUUGGAAUGGCCUCUAAAACGGGCAAGAUUUGAAUCUUUACCUCCUUUCAUGAUAUGAAUUCUGCUGCUUGGUGUGUAAAGAUUUUUGGUAAUGGUUUCUCCAGACAACAGUUGCCUAACCUCCUUGACCCUCAAAUGCACUGUUGUCAGGGUUGAUGAGGGCAUGUGAGAAAAGCGAUCCUGAAUAGUUUGUAAUGUUGUAAAAGAAAAAAAAUACAAACCUUGGAGCUGUAAAAAACUGAGAAGACAAGUCCAGUGUGAAAUAACUCUUGGGUUCCUAACAUCAGUGCUGACAAUUUUCAGAUAGCAGGCAAGCAACAAACAUACUAGAGUACCUCAAAGAGGACAUGAGUUGUUUGAAAGCAAGGCUGCUUCAGUACCAGCUCCGUUGCUAGUACGGUAUUCUUUUCCUUCCUGUUAACCUUUUGUAACAUCAGAGUCCCAGCAAUUUACAGAACUAUUCUUUCCUUCUUUCUGCCUAUCACUUAAUCUGCUUCUGACAUAAGAACCAUUUGUCUAACACUAAUACUUAAGUUAAGACAGACAUGCAUUUGUGUGGUUGUAUUCCAAACCAAUAAUAUUUGACCUAUUUUACAUCAUCAAUGUGGAAAAGAUUUUAAGAAUGAGAAAGCUCCCAUAUAAAAGCUCACUUCUAGUCAAUACAGUUGACUUUUAAAUGUAAGGAAAAAAAAAAAAUGGAAAAAAAAAAAUUCCAAACACUUAACACAUUCUGCUUCAUAACAGAAAGUAAAUUUAUGGAUAUGGUAUUUUGUGAAUGAUCUUUUAAAUAAAAGAAGACAUUAAGUAAUA